AAAUGAUCUAAAUAGGGAAGAAAAUUCGAAGAUGACAUUACCAAGGAAUCAAAAACAGAAAUUUCUAUUUAAAAAAAGACUAUCAUUCGCAAAAAGAAGGCAAACUAUCAUCGGACCCUUCCACUCAAUUUCCUUCAAUUCCACAAUGUCCCCAAACCAAAUUUUGGUAUCAUCACAACACUCAAGGAUAUAAUUGUCAUCGCCCUCGUAUUUAAACAAAGAGAGCGCACUCUCUUUCUCCUCAGUUAUCACUCCCUCCACCUUCAUACUCCGUAGUUCAUAACUUCAUACUCAAAUCCCUUAGAAUUAUUCUGACAAAUUUGAAAUUUCUGUAAUGUCCAACAACAAAAAUUCGAAAUCUAAUCAAAUUUACAAACCCACAAUUCCUCCGGGAAACGUCGAAUUCCGGCUACUAUGCCCUUCACGCGUCGCCGGCGGCGUCAUCGGUCACGCCGGCGGUAUCAUCAAGAACCUAGAAAGAGAAACCUCCGCCAAAAUUCGUGUCGACGACGUCGUUUUAUCGUCCUGUAAAGAGCGCCUCAUCCAUGUUAUUGGGGGAAGUACCGUGAACCGGAAGGUGCGGGUUGCUAACCUGGAGGUACCGGUUUCGGCGGCUCAAGAGGGUUUGAUUAGGGUUUUUGACCGGAUGCUAGAGGUGGGUCUACCGGAGGUUGAUGGUGGGAAGGUGACGUGUCAGUUACUGGUGGGACCUGGGUUGGUUGGAGCUGUAAUGGGUGCUGGAGGGAAAAGGAUUGAGAAGACGAGCAAGGAGUCUGGUGGGAAAAUCGUCAUUUUUGCUCCGAAUGAGUUGGUUCUACCUUGUGCUGGGUUUAAUGAUGAAUUGAUAGAGAUUAGUGGUGGUAGCCUAGCUGUAAAGAAAGCUCUGUUAGCUAUUUCAAGAUAUAUUCAACAGAAGACUUUGCAAAUCACAGAAGCUAAUGGAGCAUCUGCAAACCUACGUCCGAGCAUGAAAAUGGAGAUAGGUGAUGCAGCUAAUAAUGACAUAGUGAAUAAAAGAGAAGUAGCAGAAGUGGUUUUCAAAUUACUUUGUACAUGGGAGGCGGCUGGUGCUGUGAUAGGCUUCAGAGGGAGAAGAGUGAAAGCUCUCGAGGAGGAAACUGGGGCUUCUAUACUGCUUUCUGCUCCUGAUGAUAUCAGCGUUGAGCGUGUCAUCACUAUUUCUGGUUUUGAGAACAGGAAAUCAAAACAUUCCUCUGCACAAAAUGCUCUUGUUCGUGUAUUUAAUGGAUUAAUGUCAUCAGGGGAGAAUGCAUCUGCCAGACUUCUGAUCCAGCCCAGCCAAUCUGGUCACCUAAACGUAUUAAGGGAUUCAAUCACAUCUUGUAUACCGAAAGCAACUGGUGCUACGUUGCAAAUUUUGGAACCGAAUUACACACAUGCUGGUGCUUCUACUGACGAUAAAAUUAUACAGAUAGAUGGUGAGUAUGCUAGUGUGCAAAUUGCUCUAUUUCAAGUCAGUUGGAUGCUGAGAGAGUGUGUUUUUGAUUCAAUAUCAGCCAAGAACAACUCACCUCUUCUUCCACAUAAACUAUUCAAUCUGCCUCAAUGUCUCAACGAAACGGCUGCUUUAACAAAGAAUAUGAAGGACUGUAGAGUAACUGAAAAAUCUAAUGGCUCCGUGCCAUCUAAUGCUCUACAAUCUGAGCUGUCCAGUGGACACAGCCACUCUGCUAGUAUAAAACAUUCAAGAGAUUUAACGACAGUUACUGGUGAUUCUGAACAUAGCAGUAUCAACAGAUCUGUUAUUGUGACAAAUUCGAAGAUGGAGAUAUCUGUUCGUGCAGAUGUAUUUAGUUCUGUUUUUGGAGAUGAUGGCAGUAAUUUAUCUCGUUUACGAACGAUUUCAGGAGCAAAAGUUGAAGUGCAGGAUCAUUGCCUGGCGAGUGAUCGGAAGGUUUAUUAUGGCUGCUCGAUGACUGUCAAAGGCUCUUGCUAUCACGUCUGUGCAGAUAACUGCUGAACUCUGUAAAUAAGAUAGGAGUGAAUAUUCUUUUGGUAAACGUGUCAAUGUAGAAAGCCAGGAUAUUUUCCACUUGAGGGAGCCAAUACAGAGGAGUAGAGAGUAUUUCAUGUAUAUCAUUGCAAAAUUACAAAUAGACAGGGGGUUGCCUCUUUAGUUAAUGGCUUUAAUAUUAGCUUUAGAAAUGCUACUCUUACCACUCAACCAGUGUUCAAUUGUGUAGGCUUGUAGCUAAUGCUAGCUGGUGAAACUAGUUUGUAACCUUAUUCACUACUCUCUUCGUCUCAAGUUAUUAGCUUCACUAUUGGCAUAAUUUUCGAUAGAAAUAGCAUUAAA